AUGGCAAGACAACCACAUACAGUCUCUCCGGCAGCCAGGGUGACUCAGCGUAGAUUGGCAACGGUAAAAAAGUUGUCUAGACCUUUAGCUUCAAGCAGUGGCAGUAAAAAGCCUCCUGUGAGAAGAUCUAGACCCGGGGAUCCGAUCAGGCCGCAAAAACCGAAAAGAUACAGACCUGGAACUGUUGCUUUACGCGAAAUCAGACAUUAUCAAAAGACUACUAAUCUAUUACUCAGGAAAUUACCUUUUUCACGGGUUGUUCGAGAAAUUGCAAUUGACAUUUUAGGACCACAAUCAUCGGUCAGUUCAUCUGUCGGUUAUAGAUGGCAAUCUGCAGCCAUUUUAGCACUUCAAGAAGCUACUGAAGCUUAUUUGAUUCAUCUAUUUGAGGACGCGUACGCAUGCAUUAAUUGA